AUGGACAUCACACUUCCUAAGCUCAAAUACGAGAUGGGGAAGGAACCUGUGAAUGGAUUCAAGGUGAUAGACAAGUACUCGGACUUCAAGUACAUCGCCAAGGUGAAGGAGAUACUCGGGUCUGAGCAGUUUAAGAGAAUCGAGGACUCUUUCCUGGGUCCGGUUUUGCAGUUCUGUUCGAGGGAUCUAUCUAUGUCAGGGAAGAUAAUCCACACAAUUCUGACCAAGACCCUGGAAACCAAGAAAGAAAAGGAGCUGUGGUUUCAUUUUGGUGGACAUCCUAUGAGGUUCUCUAUAAGAGAAUUCCAUAUGAUCAGGGGGUUGAAAUGCACCGAAUGGUUGCCUGCUGUUGAGGAAGAGGAAAACCACUAUGAUUGGUCUCGAUUGGAGGAUGGACAUUCACCCGACGACCUGAUAGAACUCAUGGUCGAAGCCGGAGAGGAUGCUCAUGAUGAGAGGUUUUCUUUGGCUAUGGUGCUGCUCAUAGAGACAAUUUUUCUUCAUAGGUAUUCGAAGGCUAUGUUCCCAACAUCUAAUCUACAAAAAGCGCAACACAUGGAUGUAUUGCUGAAUCAUCACUGGGGGAUAGAUGCUUACGAAAUGCUGUUAAAAUCAGUGAAGAAGACAAUGGAGAAGUGUCUAGAAAAGUCCAAGUUCCCUUUGGAUGUGUUCCCUUUUGCGCUUCACCUAUGGAUCUUGGAAUCCGUACCCAAGCUUCAGUCGGCUUUCUCUACCAUUGACAACACAAUGGAUGCCGUACACAUCCUUCCAAAAAUACAUGGUGACCUCGAAGACACCGUUUUUUUGCGAGACAAAGACAAUGAAGAUCUGCAUUCGCUUGUGGAUCUCUUAGAGAAAGACGAGUCAGUAGAGGCGAAGAUUAACAAGCUCAUAGAGUUGUUCGUAGAUGGACAGACACAUAUCCGUUCUCGGUUAUCAAAAAUUGAACAAAAGCUGGGAAUACAUGAUCCUUCCGAUUCUAUUGAUGAGGAGCUUACUCCUGUGGACGUAUCAACAGGUUUAAACGCUACU